AUGACACUUAGUCCUUCAACAUCACAUACUAUUCUUGAAAUGAGUGAAUCCUUACAACCAGCAGUUAUUAUCACAACUGACAUGCAACAAAAACGUCCUUUCAGACGCAAAAUAAGUCCUCAAUCAACUCCACAUUUUUCAGCUUUCUUACGAACACCAUCAGGACAUGGUGGUAGUUUAAUGCAACGAACAAUGGCACAUCGUCAAAGAGCUGAUAUACAAUUACAAAGCUUACUUAAUGAACCUGAAGAAUCAUUACCAACAUUUAUACGACGUGCUAGUGAUCAUUUAGGUAGUGAAGAACUAUCUAUUGAACAAGUAUCAAAAUUACUUAAUACUCAACCAUUUAUCAUUGAACGUCUUGUACGUAUACUUUCUUCAUCAAAAGAUAAUGAUAAAGAUAUAAAAACAUUAAGUAAGUCUAAAGUGCAAAAAUUAACACGCGUUUUAAAUAGUACAAUGGAAGUACGUGCACUCGUAUUUUUUAUGAUGGUUGAUGAAAAUGGUGAUGAUUAUGUGACAAAUAUUGGAUUAACACAAUUUUAUGAAAAAUAUUUAAAAGAUCUUAAAACAUUUGAAGAAAAUCGAUUACAAGAAGUUAUUCAAGUACUUCUUCAAAAAUUUCAUCUUGAUCAAGUAAGUAAAACGAUAAUAUUAACCAUCAAUAUUUAA